CAUCCUAUGUCAUUCUCAUUCUUACACAAUAAUUACACAAUUCUCACAACACAAACAUUUCUUCUUCCUCAAUAAUAAUAUUAACCCAUUCAUUGCCCUUUCAUAACAUCAUUUCACACUCCCUCAAAACUAAACUCUGCUUAUUUUUUCACACUAAGUAGUAACAAUAGAAUGUGUGGCGGUGCUAUCAUCGCUGACUUCAUUCCUCGCCGUGGCGGUCGUCGUCUCACCGCCGCUGAACUCUGGCCUAACUCAUUCGGUCAACAAAUUGACUCCACUUCAUCAGACUUUGAUUUUUCUCAUACUGUUGAUCAACAACCACCACCACCACCCACUACUCUCAAAAGAUCACACCCUCUCAAAGUUAACGAGCGAGUUGAAAAGCCGGUGAAAAAACAGAGGAAGAAUCUCUACAGAGGGAUUCGACAACGUCCAUGGGGAAAAUGGGCUGCAGAAAUUCGUGAUCCUAGAAAAGGAGUUCGUGUUUGGCUUGGUACAUUCAACACUGCUGAGGAAGCUGCUAGAGCUUAUGACAAAGAAGCUCGAAAAAUCCGCGGCAAAAAAGCUAAGGUUAAUUUCCCUAAUGAAGAUGAUGAAUAUUCCAUUCAAGCUAAUCGUCGUCCACCGCAACCGAUUCGACCGCCUAAUCAUGCUCUCUAUCAUCAACAACAACAUCAUCAGCAACAAUAUCCAAAAAAUCUGAACUUGGAAUUUGGUUAUGAUCUGAACCAAGCUGACACAAUUCAAAAUUCUCAUGUGGGUUCAAUGAACACUGAACCUUUUAUUAUAUCUGGUUCUGGUGGUUCUGGUGGUGAUGAGAAUUCUGUAUAUGGGUCUGGUUCAGGUUCUGAAAUCGGUUAUUCCGUGAUAGAGUUCAAUGAUGGUUCGAAUCCGAAUGAAACCGGUUAUUUCUGUGGUGUUGUGAAUGAACAUGAGAAAGAAAAAGAGAAACUUCAAGUGCAAGAAACACAACAUGCUGUUGAAGCUGAUGAAGCAGCUAAGAAUGAAGUUCAAGAGUUAUCUGAUGAAUUAAUGGCUUAUGAGGAUUACAUGAAGUUUUAUCAGAUUCCAUACUAUGAUGGACAAUCUAUGCCACCAAAUAUUGUUCAGGAACAUGUUGUUGGUGAUUUAUGGAGCUUUGAUUGAUUGAUAAUAUAUUAAAUAACUGUUUUUUCAUAUGCUUCUACUACUACUACUGUGAAGAAGCUUUCUGUGAAGACAGAAUUUUCCCAUGAUUAUGAUUCAGUUAUGUCUAUUUUGCAUUAGGAUGGAUGGAAUUGUAAAUUUGGGUAUGGGUACUUUGGUUAGAAUUUGUGUUUGUGUCAUGAACAUGAAUUUCGAUUCUCUUAGUUUAUUUAAUUGUUUUUUGAGUUUUUGGCUCUUUUUUGGUCAUGUCAAGUUUUGUUCAAUUGUACUACUUCUUCUGGUUUUUUACCGGACGAAAUUAACAAUGUUUCAAUUCCAAAUUAUCUGUACUUAAAUCAUUUGAUUUUACUUGUUGAUUA